AUGCUGCCUGUGGGGGGCCCCCGGGGGCCCCCCCUGGUGGGGCCCCCCGAGCUGCUGCAGUGGGCAGCAGAGGCCCUGGGGGAGCCCGCGGGCUCUUUGGACUUUUCUUCUUUUGCUUCUGGCGAAGUUUUGCUGCGGCUCUUUGGCCUCAUAUGGCCGCGGGCCGUGCGCGAGCUCCCCCCCCGCCUCGCCCGCGGCUUGCUGCUGCAGCAGCAGCAGCAGCAGCAGCAGCAGCAGCAGCAGCAGCAGCAGCGGGGGGAGGAGGCGGCGGCGGCGAACUGGCGCGCCAUUGAGUGGGUGCUCGACCGCGUGGGAGUGCCGCAGCACUUCGUCAGCCGCUCCCUGGUGGCCCCCAGCAGCAGCAGCAGCAGCAGCAGCAGCAGCAGCAGCAGCAGCAGCAGCGGCUGCUACGAGGUUUUGGUGCUGCUGUUCUUCCUCUUUUGGCUGUCCAGACACCACGAGUGCGAGUUCGUGCUGCAGCAGUCUGUACACCCCAGCUUAGCAGCUUUUAUGUCUUCCAAAGCCCCCCUUAGCUGCCUCGUGGCUGGCGGCGCUGUUGCGCUGCCUGCAGCAAUUCGCGACAAAAUCAGCAGCAGCAGCAGCAGCAGCAGCAGCAGCAGCAGCAGCAGCAGCAGCAGGAGCAGCGGCAGCAGCGCGGGCGGGGGAGACACGCAGCGGUGGAGUGAGGGGCGCGCGGACAGGGGCAGAAGCAAAGACACAGGCCUGAGGCUCAAGCAGCAGCAGCAGCAGCUGCUGCUGCAGCAGCAGCAGCAGCAGCAGCUGUUGCUGCAGCAGCAGCAAGGUAAAAGGGACGAAAGAGACAACAGCCCCCGAGAAGGCAGCCGCCAGGAGCUCCUGCUGCAGACGCACCUUGAGGCUCAAAACCCAGAACAUUACCUGCUGCAGCAGCAGCAGCAGCUAACGCUGCAGCAGCAGCAGCAGCUGCUGCAGCAGCAGCAGCAGCUAACGCUGCAGCAGCAGCAGCAGCUGCCGGAUUUCGUCGAGGAGCCGUUUAGCGUACCUGCCAUUUACCCGGAUUUCUCGCUUCACCAAGAUGGAGGAGGAACUCCGGCUGCUGCUGCCUCUGCUGCUGCUGCUGCUGCUGCUGCUGCUGCUACUGCUGCUGCUGCUGUGAGCCACCGCUCUCCCUCUGCUGCGCCUCCUCGCGUCGUCGGCGGGGCCUUCAGCAGCGACGGGACGUUCUGCGCAGAAACAGCAGCAGCAGAAGCAGCAGCAGCAGAAGCAGCAGCAGCAGAAGCAGCAGCAGCAGAAGCAGCAGGAGACGCUGCUGCUGGUGCAGCAGCAGCAGCAGAAGCGAGAGAAAGACGGGGAAGCUGCCGAGAGGUGCAUGUGCAGACUGAAGCAGCAGCAGCACCCCUAGCGACUCAGGAGCAGCAGCGGCAGCUGCAGCAGCUGCAGCAGCAGCUGCAGCAGCAGCUGCAGCAGCGGCAGCUGCUGCCUCUCGAGUGGAGCGGGGAGAGCCAAAGGGUAAAGGGCGAGCAGCUAAUAGAGCUGCUGCAGCACCAGAACGAGCUGCUGCAGCAGCAGCUGCAGCGGGCGUCUGAGGAAGCAGCAGCGGUGCAGCGGCUGCAUGCGCAGCAGCAGCAGGAGCAGCAGGCAGCAGCAGCAGCAGCGCUGCAACGCGUCAAGGAGCAGUGCUGCAAUGAGCUGCUGCAGCAGCAGCUGCAGCAAGCAGCAGCAAUUCAAACCAUGUGGAGGCAGCUGGACCUGCGGCUGCGGCAGCUAGAAGAUGAUGUUGCUAUGGACAUCGAGGUUCUCGCAGCAGCAAGCAGCAGCAGCAGCAGCAACAGCAGCAACAGCAGCAGCAGCAGCAGCAGCAGCAGCAGCGGCGCCGGAGUGGAGGCGCCGAAAGGGCCUUCAGCUACCCCCGACGCGAGGGAGCCGCCCGCAACGCCUGCAGCAGCAACAGCAGCAACAGCAGCAGCAGCAGCAGCAGCAGCAGCAGCAGCAGCAGCAGCAGCAGCAGCAGCAGAGCCUGCUGCUGUUGCGAAAGUGAAGAAGCUGGAGGCGGUGAUGGAGGAGCGGCUGCGGGCGAGAGAUGCAGCAAAUGAAGAAGUCCGUUUGCUGCUGCAGCAGACGCAGCAGCAAUGUGCUGCUUUCCGGAGAGAAAGUGAAGCCCGCUGGCAGCAGCAGCAGCGCUGCGAAGAGCUCAAGCAGCAGCUGCUGCAGCUGCUGCACGCCGAGGAAGCAGCAGCAGCAGCCCCAGCAGCAGCAGCAGCAGCAGCAGCAGCAGCAGAGCCGGGUGGCGCUUCGGGCGCGCUGGUCCGCGCAAGCAGCAGCAGCAGCAGCAGCAGCAGCAGCAGCAGCAGCAGCGAUUGGGAUGCGUGUUUUUCUGCAGCCAGGGAGUCGCUGCGUGAGCUGCUGCAGCAGCUGCUGCAGCAGCUGCAGCACAGCAGCCCGCAGCUGCUGCUGAAUUCCCCGCUGCAGCAGCAGCUGCUGUCAGCUUUAAUUCACUCUGUGGCUCUCAGCCGCAUCCAGCGGGCCCGCGACAGCCAAACGAAUUUGCUGCUGCAGCAGCAGGCGCAGCAGCAGCAGCAGCAGCAGCAGCAGCAGCAGCAGCAGCAAGCAGCAGCGGGGGGCCCCCCGGGGGCCCACCCCGCCCUGGGGGGCAGACACGGGGGGGCCCCCGGGGGGCCCCCUGAGGGGCCCCGGGGGGCCCCCGGGGGGCCCCCGGGGGCCCUCGAGAAAAUGGGAAAAGAGCUGCUGCUGGAGGAGACAGUUCGUCGACUGCAGCAAAAGAAUGAAAGGUUGCUGCGGGUUUGCAAUUACUUGAGAGACAAAGGGAAGCAAAUGCAGCAGUGGGGAGCAGCAGCAGCAGCAGCAGCAGCAGCUGCUGCUGCGGGCGCAGCAGCGGAGGGGCAGCAGCAAGGACCCGCAGCAGCAGCAGCAGCAGCAGCGGCGGAGGCGGCGGCGAAGGGCGAGCAGCAGCUGAGCUGCUUGCUGCUGCAGCAAGACGCUACAGCAGAAGAACGAGACGCAGAGCUGCUGCAGCUCCUGCAAAGCCUCAGCAGCAGCAGCAGCAGCAGCAGCAGCAGCACGCUGCCGUUUGGGGCAGACAGAGAGGGUUACCACUCAGCAGCAGCAGCAGCAGCAGCAGCAGCAGCAGCAGCAGAAACUGAGGGCGACUUUGCUGUUGUCCCUGCAGCCACCAAAGACAGACUUGUUCAGCUCUUUUGGCUCCUCCUUGGGGACUUCUACAGGUUCAAAGCGCGGCUGGAAGAGGGGCGGCAGCAGCUGCUGCUGCAGCAGCAGCAGCUGCAGCAGCUGCAGCAGCAGCAAGUGGAGUUGGAGGCGGCGGCGCAAGAACACGUGGGGCUGCUGCUGCAGGCGAGGGAGCAGCAGCAAAAGGGGCGGGAGGUUUUGCUGCAGCUGCUGCACAAAGCUGACAGCAAGAGAUUCGAAACCAUUCUCGCAGCAGUGAGUUCUGCGGAAGCCCAAAACCGCCUUUUGCAGCAGCGAGAAGCUUUUUGGAGGAGCUUGGCGAAAGCCCUCUCGCAGCAGCUGCAGCAGCCCUCAGCAGCAGCAGAAAGAGCCAUUCAAGAUUUGUGGGAGCAGCUCGCGGGGUCUCAGCUGCUGCUGCUGGACAGCAGCAGCAGCAGCAGCAGCUGCAGCAGCACGGGCGACUCUGCUGCUGCUGCUGCUGCCUUCUUGCUGCAGCAGCAGCAGCAGCAGCAAGAAGGCAGCAGGGCCGGCAAAGAUAGAGGAGACAGCACUUCAAGGUCCUCUGUUUCUCGCCAAGGUCCCGCAGCCUCAGCUGCUGCUGCUGCUGCUGCUGCUGCUGCUGCUGCUGCUAGGCAGCCGGGCAGAUUUGCUGCUCGCUGCAGCAGCAGCAAAAGCCUUACUGCAGCAGCAGCAGCAGCAGCAAAGGCGAGAGGCCGCGGCCCGUCUCCAGCGCAGCGAGAGUACAGCCCCCGAACUGCCGCCGCAGCAGCAGCAGCAAAUGAAGCAGCAGCAGCAGCAACAGCAGAAAACGAAACAGCAGCAGCAGCAGCAGCAGCAGCAGCAGCAGCAGAUCGGUGGAGUACCGACGACGCCUUCUCUCUCUGCCUCAAGGAGAUUUGCUCUCAGAGCGAAACCACAGAGCCCACUUGCUGCAGCAGCAGCAGCAGCAGCAGCAGCAGCAGCAGCAGGAGCUGCUUCUGCGGAGCUUCUCGCGGGCUGCUGCUGCAGCAAGAUGGGGACAGCGAGCCCAUUUGCUGCUGCGCUUUUGCAGCAGCAGAGGCGGGAGAUUCAAAAGGAGACAAAAAGGAGACAGCGGAAGCGCUGCAGCAGCAGCAGCAGCAGCAGCAGCAGCAGCAAAAGGGGGCAGGAGACACGCUUCUGCUGCUGCAGCAGCAGCUGCAGCAAGCAGCAAGGGAGGCCACCGCGCUGCUGCAGCAGCAGCAGCAGCUCGCAGAAGCAGAAGUGGAAGAACUCAGGCGGGAGAAUGAGCAGCUUCUUGAGACCAAGAAAAAACACGAACGGGACGUGCAGGCAGCAGAGGGGCUGCGGAGUUCGCUGUCUGCAGCAGCAGCAGCAGCAGCAGCAGCAAAAAGCAGCAGCAAGCAGCAGCUGCUGGCUCUCCAAAUACAGACCAGAGAAGCAAGACUUAUUAUUGCUGCUGUUGCUGCUGAAGGGGGGCCCCACACCCAGGCUCUUUGUGCUGCCUACCUUGAAGCAGCAGCAGACGCUGCUGCUGCUGCUGCUGCUGCAGCAGACGCCGAUGCUGCUGCUGCAGCAGCAGACACGGGAGAAGCUGCAGCAGCAGCAGCAGCAGCAGACGCUGCUGCUGCAACGGAUGCUGAUUCUGCUGCAGCAGUAACGGACCGUGAAGCAAGGGCCGAUGAAAAUGUGAGUGCAGCAGCAAAGACAGCAGCAGCAGCAGCAGCAGCAAAAGCGCAGAGGCAGCAAAAGCAACAGCAGCAGCAGCCGCAGCACCAGCCUAUAGCAAGCCCCCCAUCUCCCGCAGCAGCAGCAGCAGCAGCAGGCUGGAGCUGCAUGCGGCGUCAAAGCGAAUUCUGCAGCAUAUGGUCUGAAGCAGCAGCAGCAGAAGCAGCAGCAGCAGCAGCAGCAGCAGAAGCGCCAGAAGCAGCAGCAAGUGACACCGACAGCGAGGCCCUCACCCCUCCACUCAAGCAUCUUUUACCUCUCUCAGCCAGCAGCAAAGACACAGCAGCAGCAGCAGCAGCAACAGCAGCAGCAGCAGCAGCAGCAGCAGCAAAGUGGCCGCGCGUAUCUCCCCGCAGCGCUGAGCCCACAGAAGAGACCCGCAGCAGCAGCAGCUGGCGAGGGGCCCUCACAACAGAGGGGGGCCCCCCUUGGGGGCCCCCCUUUGGCAGACCCUUUCCUGGGGGCCCCCCUGCGGAGGGCCCCUCCGUUGGCAGCCCCCAUGGGGGCCCCCAGAGGGGCCCCCAAGCUGGCCCCCAGGAGGGCCCCCAGGGGGCCCCCCAAGCGGGGCCUCAGGGGGGCCCCCCGGGGGGCCCCCAGGGGGGCCCCCAAAGGAGCCCCCAGGGUUGCCCCCAGGGGAGCCCCCAGGGGCGCCCCCAGGGGGGCCCCCAGGGGGGCCCCCAGGGGGGCCCCCAGGGGGGCCCCCAGGGGGGCCCCCAGGGGGGCCCCCGGGGGGCCCCCCGGGAAGCGAGAACGGCGAGCUGCUGCGUAAGAGUGCAGCACGAAGCUGCAAGUGUUGUGGAGUUCGCGGAACUGCUGCGUAAGUUGCAAGGCGAGGACUUUGGCUCUUUUGCUGCCAAGUUCGUUUCUGCCAAAAUCAAAAACUUCUUCGGAUAA